GCGGGGCAGCAGCGCCCGGUGCCCUCUGCAGCGGAGAAACGGGGCCGGGCGUGGGGGGCUCCCCGCGGAGAGCUCGCCGCCCACCGGAGCCGCCCGGGCUCGGUGUGCCGCUGGCGGCUCGGGGGAAGGGGCUGCACCUGCCGAGCGGCCGGGAGAGGAGGAGGAUUUCCCCCGGCGCUCGGUGCUCCCGGGCAUCAGUCGCACCCACCGGAGCGCACCCGCUGGAUUUGUGGAGUCGUAAAGGCUCCGGGAUCGCCAGAGCCGGGAGAAGCUGCGGCGUGUUCGGGCAGGCUGCGCCAGGAGGCGACACGGGGAGAGCCAGGGAAGAUGCCAGCUCGGCUCCUCUGAGCCAGCGGUGCCCAGGGAGCGGCAGAGCCAUGGAGCUGGAGUACGAGCUGCCCAACGCCACCGCCUUCUGGUUCUCCCCGCCGUCCCCCUUCGACAACUUCUCCCUGGAGGCGCCCACCAACGCCUCCCAGAACGCCACGGGCCAGCACUUUGACCUGACCAGCAAUGCCAUCCUCACCUGCAUCUACUUCGUGGUCUGCAUCAUCGGGCUGUGCGGCAACACGCUGGUCAUCUACGUCAUCCUCCGCUACGCCAAGAUGAAAACCAUCACCAACAUCUACAUCCUCAACCUGGCCAUCGCCGACGAGCUCUUCAUGCUCGGGCUGCCCUUCCUGGCCAUGCAGGUGGCCCUGGUGCACUGGCCCUUCGGCAAAGCCCUCUGCAGGAUCGUCAUGACGGUGGAUGGCAUCAACCAGUUCACCAGCAUCUUCUGCCUGACCGUCAUGAGCGUUGACCGCUACCUGGCUGUCGUCCAUCCCAUCAAAUCUGCCAAGUGGAGGCGGCCCAGGACAGCCAAAAUGAUCAACGUGGCCGUUUGGGGCGUCUCCCUGCUGGUGAUCAUGCCCAUCAUGAUUUAUGCUGGGGUGCAGCACAACCACGGCAGGAGUAGCUGCACCAUCAUCUGGCCGGGAGAGUCGGGCGCCUGGUACACGGGAUUCAUCAUCUACGCCUUCAUCCUGGGCUUCCUGGUGCCUCUCACCAUCAUCUGCCUCUGCUACCUGUUCAUCAUCAUCAAAGUCAAGUCCUCGGGCAUCAGGGUGGGCUCCUCCAAGAGGAAAAAGUCCGAGAAGAAAGUCACCAGGAUGGUGUCCAUCGUGGUGGCCGUCUUCAUCUUCUGCUGGCUCCCCUUCUACAUCUUCAACGUCUCCUCCGUGUCCGUGCUGAUCGUGCCCACGCCCGUGCUCAAGGGCAUGUUCGACUUCGUGGUGGUGCUCAGCUACGCCAACAGCUGCGCCAACCCCAUCCUCUACGCCUUCCUGUCCGACAACUUCAAGAAGAGCUUUCAGAACGUGCUGUGCCUGGUGAAGGUCAGCGGCAUGGACGAGGCCGACCGCAGCGACAGCAAGCAGGACAAAUCCCGCCUCAACGAGACCACGGAGACGCAGAGGACCCUGCUCAACGGCGACCUGCAGACGAGCAUCUGAGGGGACAGCGGGGCUCGUCCCGCCCGCGCCCCGCCUCUCCCGGCUGCAGCACGGGGGUGGCACCUCGGGGUCGGGGCAGAAAUGCCACCUGAGGGGACGGCUGCGAGCACCCGGUGGCCUCGGGGGUCCUCUGCUGGGCUCCUCUCUGCUGGGUUGUCCUUCAGGUGCUGGGGAGGAGCCGGGUCAGGAGGAGCUGCCUCGUCAGAAAACAAAGACAGCUCACGGCAGCGCGGCGCAUUUCCACACCAAAGUGCCACCGCGGGCGCAGGUAGGGCCGGGGUGGCUCUGCUGGGUCCCCCGUGCCACCCUCGGGGCCGGCUGGCUUUGGGGCUGUGCCCCACGUGCACCUGGACACACAGGGGACCUCGGGAGGCCACAGGUGUGUGACAACACGGGCACGCAGCGACCUGGCGGCGGCUCCCGGCGAGUGUCGCUGCCGAGGAGAGCAGGAUGUUUGGGAUUGCGUUUUCCCCGGGUUCUUCCUGACUCCGUGGGGUGCCCUGCAGCCUCCCCGUGCUGUGCGACUGCCGCAGCCGCCCUGAACACGCCGGCACGGAGGUGACUCCUCCACGGGAAGAGCCCCUCUGGCCCCACCCUGCCUCCUCCAGCCCUGCCACGUCCCGCUGCUGCAGAGCCCUUCCCCUGCCCCUGCCGCGGCGUCACCUGCCCGCAGAUUUCACCCUCGGAUGGAGAAUUUCCCCCUUUUCCCUCGCCGCCGGCCGCUGCCCCUCCCACCGCCCGCAUCUGCCGCGAUCGCUGCUCCGGGCACCCGCGGCACGGGCGCUUUCCUGCUGGGAAAGCCUCGGGAGUGUUUGAGCAGCGGUGACACAUCGGAGAGCGCCUGGCACGGGCACCUGGCACCGCCGGCGGCUCCUGCACCCGGCUGGGACCGGGGUUUGUCCGGCCGCGGCUCCGAGGAUCUCUGGGGUGACACCUCCCUGCUCCUUCCAGGCAAGUCACGCUGGAGGCAGCGCUGAUGGAGAGGAUGGGCACGGGAAGGGGGUGCUGGGGCUCGGUAGGAGCCGAAGGGACCGGGCAGAGCAGACAACGGAGCUCUCGGCGGCUGGGGAUGAGGAAGGGCAGGGCAGCACGGAUCCAUCCCGCUGGAUCGUGCACUGUGCGAGGGGCGGUGGGGCUGGCCCCACAUCCACUCUAUUUGGCUUCCCAAGAUUGUCCCAAAGAGCUCGGCCCUGUCCCUGUCCCUGUCCCUGUCCCUGUCCCUGUCCCUGUCCCUGUCCCUGUCCCUGCCCCUGCUGCCCUCCCAGCUCUGCACAAACGCAGGGCUCUGGAGCCCUGGCCCCCAGCGCUCCCCUCCUCUG